CGUCAUGUCAACGUUGUCCCUGUGGGCCGUCCUGGUCCUGGUCCUGGUCCAGGUCCGAGGCUGCCGCUCGUACUCAGAGCCCCGGCUGCAGCCUCUUUCCCUGACCGUUCAUCCUCACCACCAGUCCCCGGCCGGAUGUUGCCCCCAGCUCCGAGUGCCCGUCCUGUGCCCUGGCCAGGAUGCGGAGGAACGAAGGGGCUACGGCGUCGGAGGAUGACCCGGCGGGUCACGAGCGGGGCGACGAGGGGGGAGGCGGCGGCUCAGCAGGACGUGGUGGAGGCGGUGAAGAGGCACAUCCUCAACAUGCUGCACCUCCAGGAGCGGCCCAACAUCACCCGGCCAGUGCCGCGUGCCGCGCUGCUCAACGCGCUGCGCAAGCUGCACGUGGGGCGGGUGGCGGAGGACGGCAGCGUGCAGAUCGAAGGGGAGGAGGAGGCGCGGGGAGGCCGGGGAGGCCGGGGAGGAGGAGGGGCAGGAGGAGCGGCGCUGGCGGAGGGACGCUCGGGAGAUGGUGAAACGCAGGAAACCACGGAGAUCAUCACCUUCGCUGAGGCUGGUGAAUCUCAGGGCAUGAUCAACUUUGUUCUCUCUAAAGAAGGAGGUGAUAUGUCUUUGGUGGAGCAGGCUAACGUCUGGCUCUUCCUCCGAUUGGCCAAGACCAACCGGAGUCGAGCCAAAGUCAACAUCCGUCUCUUCCAGCAACGCCUCCACCUUAGCAGGCACUCUUCUUCACCGCAGGACGACCUCCUCCUGGCCGAGAAGACUGUGGACACUCGUCGGAGCGGCUGGCACACCUUCCCCGUGUCGGCGGCGGUGCAGGAGGUGCUGGAGAAGUCAGAGGGCACGACACUGAGGCUCAGGGUUUCCUGCCCGCUCUGCAGCGACACCGGCGCCACAAUCGUCCUGGUCUCAGGAAACUCAGAGACGCCACAGCGCAACAACCAGCGCGAACAGUCCCACCGGCCUUUCCUCAUGGCCGUGGUCCGGCAGGGGGACGGCAGCGACUCGCGGCGGCGCAGGAAGCGAGGCCUAGAGUGCGAUGGGAAGGUGCGCGUCUGCUGCAAGCGACAGUUCUACGUCAACUUCAAAGACAUUGGCUGGAACGACUGGAUAAUUGCACCGUCCGGUUACCACGCCAACUACUGUGAGGGGGAGUGCCCCUCUCACGUGACGAGCAUCACCGGGUCCUCACUGUCCUUCCACUCCACCGUCAUCAGCCACUAUCGCAUGAGGGGCUACAGCCCCUUCCAGAACCUGAGGUCGUGCUGCGUGCCCACCAGGCUACGAGCCAUGUCCAUGCUCUACUACAACGAGGAGCAGAAGAUCAUUAAGAAGGACAUCCAGAACAUGAUCGUGGAGGAGUGUGGGUGCUCGUAAGCACAAACCAGAACCAGAUAUCAGACUGAAGUGACUAGAUAGGAGGGGACCGGCUUGGAGGAAGACAAGGUGGAGGACGGAUGAGUCGUUGACUUCAUGAUCAGUUUUAUCCAUCACCUCUCAUCCAAGGCCUCCCUCUGGAUCAGUCUCUGGGAAAGGAAUCCCUCUCCAGAUUUGUUCAACAGAACUCAAAGAGUCUUGAUGGCACUUUCAGAAAAAAAAGAAAAAGAUAGAAAAAAAAGAAUAUCUAAUAUAUUUUUGUUACAAACAGAGGAAGCAAGGCUUAUUUAUGUGGCUGAGACGUUCACGCACCGACUCCGGCAGUCAGACCCUGAAGCGACGAGGUGCCUGAAAAACUACGAAAAAGAAAAAAUCUCAAAACUAUGCAACUUGUUUCACAUACUACGACCUUAUUGUAUUUUACUUUGACUUGUUUUUUUUUUUCCAACGGUUUACUUUUUCAAAGUGUUAGAGGAAGAAAAGAGGAAAGCUCUUUCGUAUUAUUUCUUUGGAAGUGUACAUGUGUGGAGUGUGUGUGUUUGUUUUCGUCCGCACAUUUGCAUGAGUGUUUGUGCGCGUGUGUUGAGAGAUACUUGAAAGAAACAAGUUGGCCUGGCUGCUGGAACCAAACACUUCUUUUAUGUUGCCAUGGUAACCAUGUUAAUUUUAUAAUUGUUAUUGUUAGUAAGUAUAUUAAUAAUAUUAAUGUUAUUGUUGUUAAUAUUUUUGUGUUAAUGCGUCUUUAAAAAAAAACAAACGUUACAAACGUUGUAAUAUUUUGCACUAUAGCAACACUCGUGUUCAGAUUAGACAGACGACGGCUGACUGGAGUCUCUUUUCAUUGAUCCCAGAGGAGUUCAACAAAAUGCCACUCCUCUCCCACGUGUCCUGUCUGGGGUUUUAUCUUUAUUUUAAAGAAAGGAAAAACAAACAAACAAAUCGAAAUUGUCCAAAACUGGAUGGACAGCACGGCUGCCUUUGAUAGGCGGAGUCAACUACCUGUCCCAGGUGGGCCGGUCUGCAGGCUUCAAACUUAUGGUCCCAGAGGACGUUUGGCAAAUUUAAAACAGCCUUUCAAAACACAAAACCCGUCACCAGUAUCUGAAGUCUUGGCUCCAUGAAAUGGCAAAUAGCCUACAGCAUUGAGAAUCCCUACAAACGUCUGUUUUUGUUGUUAUUCCAGACUUCUGACAUGUUUGAAAGACAUGUAAACCUUAAAUCUGAUUUCACUGGAACUUCAAUGCUUCUUUAAAUUCUUCUCCCAAGAGACAUAAAUAAAAAUUACAUUCUAGCAUCAAUCCUGCAUCCCAUCUUGUUUUUCUCCGUAGCUCUCAGGCUACACAGCCCUUGAAGAUUCUCCCCAUGUUUGAAUGUUUAGGGUUCUAAAGCUGGACAUGGCUGACUGAACAUAUGCAGGGAUUAAAAGCAUUUACCACAUUCUCCAUACAAUUCUAAUCUGAAGUAAUACUAAACAUGUGUAUAAGGUUCAUUAAUGAUGAAAACUGCUAUUUCGGUAUAUAUAUUAAAGUAGGGUAGCUCGGUGGCUUGGUGGUUAGCACUGUUGCCUCACAGCAAGAAGGUCCCCGGUUCGACUCCCUGGCCAGGCGGGGGUCUUUCUGUGUGGAGUUUGCAUGUUCUCCCCGUGCUUGCAUGGGUUUCCUCCGGUUACUCCGGUUUCCUCCCACAGUCCAAAAACAUGCAUAGUAGGUUAACUGAUGAUUCUAAAUUGCCUGUAAAUUGCCCUACCCUUUAAGAGCCGGGAUAGGCUCCAGCCGACCCCUGUGACUCUUCAAAGGAUAAAGCGGGAAUAGAUAAUGGAUGGAUGGAAGGAUGGAUGGAAGGAUGGAUGGACGGAUGGAUGGAUGGAUAUUAAAAUAGACGCACCUGUCUGCCACCUGUUGAUCGUCAAACGAUCAUCACAUUCAAGCCUUACAACGUCACAGUGACCCUCUCAAAGCUUCCAUGAAAUGGCCAGAAAGUUCAGGAACUGUGGAGCUGUUGCAGCGUAUGUGUCCGGGGGAAGGGAAGUUGUGACGGCGUGCUCUGAUUGGUCAGCUCCAGUAGUCUCAUCAGGCUCCGCCUCCAAGGCACCCAGCGACAACCAUAGACAUAUAUACAUAGACGCCUCAUGACAUGCUGGAACGUAAUCCAGCGUGGCCGCCAUCUUGGAUGGGUCUCCUCACUCCAGGCAGAAUUAACUACACUGGAGUUACAGAGUUACAGUUACAGAGUUACAGUUACAGAGUUACAGUUACAGUUACAGUUACAGAGUUACAGUUACAGCCAGCACACGCAAGAAGCUGCAAAACAGUUCUUUUCAAGGGUUUUAUCUCCCCAGCCCCAGUUCAAGCCUAACAGGGUAUUAGAAGACUCUGGAAAGACCUGGAUUUAUUUUUAUAGAUAUAUUUAUUGAGGGCAAUAAGAGAAAAAAAAAGAUUUACAA